AUGAGCUCAUUUGGAUCAGGGGCACCGUCUUCCAAUUUCAACUUUUUUGUUAAUCCUAAUAAUAAUGAAGUAAAUAAUUACAAAAACUUAGCCGCUAAACCUGAUCCAACUAUAACAAAUAAGAAACAAAAUCGGUCAAAUUUCAAAAGCAAUGGGACGAAACCUACCUUCAAGAAAUCGUUCAAACAAAAAAAUGCUCCAAUAAUAACAAACAAGUCUCUCAAUGACAAUAAUAAUAAUAAUAAUCCUCCCACGGUAACUCAUAAGAAGUUUCUAAUGAAUCAAAGUUCAAAAGAACAAGAUUUUAUAGUAGGAAGUCUAUUACCUAACCCUGAAACAUUUGGGUUCAAGCGUAGUCAUCAACAAAAAAGGAAACCUCGAGAACUCCCAAGGUUCCUAAUUACUCAACAACCAGAUUUGAAACCAAGACCAUUCAUUCAAGAUCCAUGGGAUAGGGAAAAUCAAAAGAAAAUGUCUCAAUUAGAAGAAUCCAUAGAUGACGUGACUGAAUUAUAUGAAACGUUGAAGAAAAUGCGUGAAACAGAACGAAAAAUAAUGGAAGAUAAAGGGUUAGUGGAUAAAGCUGAUUUUGCUAAAGAUUUAAAUGAUGCAAUUGUUUUCCAAGGGUCUUGUGAAGAUAUGUGUCCCAUUUUCGAAAGAUCAAGAAGAACAGUAGAACGUGCAUUAUUUUCUUAUGAAAAGGAUUAUCCAACUGCAAAGAAGGCGUCGAAGACAAAGGCUUUGAAAGUUUUCGCUAGACCUGCGGCAGCGGCGGCUCCACCUCUACCUUCAGAUGUGAGGCCUCCCCAUGUACUGGUGAAAAGUUUAGAUUAUAUCGUAGAUAAUUUGCUGACAUCAUUACCUGAAAGUGAAAGUUUCUUAUGGGAUAGAAUGAGAUCAAUACGACAAGAUUUCACAUACCAAAAUUAUUGCGGUCCUGAAGCUGUGGAUUGUAACGAAAGAAUCGUUCGUAUUCAUUUAUUGAUAUUACAUGUUAUGACAAAAUCUACAGUAGAGUUUUCUUUACAACAAGAACUAGAACAACUUCAUAAAUCAUUAAUUACUUUGUCAGAAAUAUAUGACGAUGUAAGAAAUAGUGGCGGUACUUGUCCCAAUGAAGCAGAAUUUAGAGCUUAUACAUUGCUAAGUAAAGUUAGAGAUCCGCAGUAUGAUAAAAAUAUCCAAGAAUUACCAGAUCAUAUUUUCCAAGAUGACCUCGUUCAAUUGGCCAUUUGUUUUAGAAGAAUAAUAUCGAAUUCCAACUUCAUUGAAAGAGGCUAUAUCAGGACCGAGAAUUGUUUAAAUCUAUACGCUAGAUUUUUUCAACUAAUGAAAUCUGAUAAAGUUCCUGUCUUGAUGAAUUCAUUUUUACAAAUGUACUUGACUGAAGUGCGUUUUUAUGCUAUGAAAGCAAUCUCCCCAUGUCUGAAUAAAAGACAUAAACCAAUUCCAACCUCAUAUUUUCUAGAACUUCUGGUAUUCAAUGAUGAAAAGGAAUUACUAGAAUUUUGCGAUUACUAUUCCAUAAAUGUCGUUGAUAAUGGACUUGACUUAAGAUCGUUAACACAUCAUUCACAUAAAAUCCCUGAAAAGAAACCAUUGAAGCAAAGCUACUUAGACUGUGUUGAGAAAAAGCUUAAUAGAGUAACAUAUUCUCAGUUAAUAAAUUCUGGAAAACCAAAUAUUGAUAAUAUUCCCCAAAUCACAUCAGCCUUCAUAACACCAAUUGUAGCCAAUGAGGCGCCCACUACUUCUAAAGCAGUACCUACACAAUUGCCACCUAAAGAGAACUUUUUCCUAACAUCUUCUCAACCAUUCCAAAAAUCAGAUAGCUUAUCAACGCUGAGAAAAGAUGAAUUCUUAAUAUCAGCCGUUCCAUCUACUAAUCUUCAAUCAUCCACUUUGGGAAAUAUAAAUUUAGAAAGUCCACCGAGUUUCAAUUUAGAUACAGGUACUACUAGUAAACCAAUAAUAACAACCGAAACAAACAAUAUGUCAAGGGCUCCUGCCCUGAAUGUUGUGCCAUUAGGAAAUGAACCUAGAAUUGUGCCGUUAAAAGAAGAGGAUGAAGAAAAGAUUUAUAAACAAAACCAACAACAAAAACAAGAAGAAAAGGCAAAGUUAUUAAAACAAAGAGCACUAGAAAAGGAAAUGAAGCAAAAGGAAAUCAAAGAACAGGCAUGUAAAGCAUUAACAAGCGAAAUAGUUCAAAAUGUUGUACAUAACUUAGUCGGUACUGUAGUACAAAAAUGCAUUAAUGAAACAAAUAAGAAAAAGGCUAUUGUUGAUAACAUUUCAGAAGAUCUCUAUCAUGCAUUUCUCCAUGAAAGACUUUUCCUGAUUUAUUUAGAUUCUAAAGCAGAAACUUACAGAGAGCAGAGAUUGAAAAGUACAAGUUUUGCGAAAUGGAACGAGGUAUUAAAGAAGAAAAUAAAAGAGGAACAAGCGGUAGAAAAAAAGAAAAAGGAACUCACCUUAGUGGGCAAACAAUUAGGUGUUCCUAUAUUUAAAAGAGCAAAACAUAUCAUUAACACUCCCUCCACGAGAAUAAAUUCUUCCUUUUUAAGGUCACCUAGUAUAGCAGGAAACAUUACAUUUUCUCCAGUGGUAAACGAAACAAAUAAAUUUUCAAAUAGACAGCAGAAAAAUGAGGAUCUGUGGAAGACACUUAAUUUAAGGGAUAUAUUCCUUUCUCACUUGGUUAAAAAUUUACCGGACAAUAAAAAAGCUAAACUAGAUACGAUUUUGUAUGCCACUGACUGGUCAUCAGUCCCAAAUUCUUGGUUGUUGAGUAAAUUUGGUAUGAAAGAUCCUGGUUCUGAAGUAACCCUACAAGACGGGAACGCUACCCUAACUUUCAAGAGUAUGAAUAACGCAAAUACAUGUUCGCAUUUGAAGGACAUACAUUUGUUGGUAUUUAAUACAGGAGUAACAAAUUCAGAAAUCUUUGACUUAGAGAUGAAAUUGAAGCAAGAUGGUGAAAAUUUAAGUAAACUGUUGGCUAUGUUAUCACGGAAUAAUAAUAUUUCUUUCAAUAUAUUAUUUUUAUAUUGGGAAUCUGCGGAAACACCUUUAGCGGAUGACUUAAUAUCCAAAUAUCUUAAACUGGAUCGUAUUAAGAAGAUUUACGGGAAUAACAUUGAAGAAUCAGUCCUAGUUCGUGUUACAGAUAAUGCACCAUGUAAAAUGUUAGAAAGGGGACUGGUUUUUUGCUCACAAAAUUUCAAAUAUAAGCUCACUGAAAUAGGUAAACGUACUAAAAUGUUAAAAAAUAACCGAUCUUUAAUUGGUACGAAUAGUAAGGUUGCAACUGAAAAAAUGAGAUCAAUGUUAAAAUUGGAACGCAAUAAGCAAAUCGAGAUAGAGAAUAAAAGCAAAGGUACGUAUAAUCAUUUAAAGGGUCAUAUAUUGGCAUCACCAAAAGUACAAAAAAGAAAAUUGUCCAUUUUAUCCUCCGAAGUUAAGCAUCCAAAAUUUAGGACACCAUCUGCUAACUUGACUUUCAAUUCAUCCUCGCCACCUUUACCGUCACAUUUGGCGGUUAAAUUUAGGAAAAGAGGCGGACGUAUCAGUAAUUCUACUGGGCUUUUACCACCAAGUACCCCAAGUUAUAGUACCAACUUCCCCCAUACUUCUAGUAACGACCAGCAUACCCCGAUCACAAGAAUGAUCACUGAACAUAAGGCUGUUUCUUCGAUAUCUUCUAGAUUUACAGGUGUACCUGAACCGAACAUGUUCCAAACACCAAUUAAUUCAAUUGCAACUCCAAAUAAUCUGGCACCCCCAUCAAAAGGCGAAAAUAGCCCAUUGCCAGAGAACCUUCAAGAAUUAAAGUCUUUAAUUGAAACAGUGAAGAAAAAAAUCAAUGGACAAUAA